UAACAUUUUCAUUAUCUGCUCAUUGUUUGCUGCAAACCAUUGCGUGGACGACGAGACAAUAGACUGUGCAAAAUUGAGUUCGCUUUUCAACGUUUGUACUGGAAACUACGAACAUGCAGCUUUGGUUUGUCCACGUACAUGUAACUUGUGCAAUUACACUAACGGAAACUGGGCGGAUUGGACAAGCUGGUCAGCUUGUACUAUUACUUGUGGCAGCACAACUCAAAUGCGAACAAGGACAUGCACCAACCCUCCGCCUUUAUCCCACGGCAAAAACUGCGAAGGACCUAAGACGGACUACAAGUCCUGCGUGCGGGACGCAUGUCUAAUUGACGGUAGCUGGGGAGCGUGGAAUCUAUGGGGUUCAUGUUCAGCGACAUGUCGCGUGGGAAUACAACACAGGAACAGGUUUUGUGACAACCCACCUCCAGCGCGAUUUGGUGAUCACUGCUUUGGAGAUUCUUUGGAUGACCGAAUAUGCAUGAAUCAAGGAUGUUCUGAUGGUGGCUGGGCAACUUGGAGUUCUUGGAGCUCUUGCACAGCCACAUGUGACGGCGGGACCAGUCAACGUUACCGAGAGUGUACCAACCCAACACCCUCCCCUUACGGACAGCAGUGCCAUGGUCCCAACACAAACUUCAAAGUCUGCAGCAUCUUCCCGUGUCUUCAAACUGCGACAACACCGAAUAUCUUGUUCAAAGUGAGACGAGUCAAGAAUGAGACGCCUUCUGAUGGAGAGAUCAUCGUGUUCGAGGACGUUUUGUACAACAACGGUUCCGGGUAUAACAGUUCCAUUGGCAUCCUCACUGCUCCUGUUGGAGGAACUUACUUGUUUACCGCUCGGUUGUUGUCCCAGAGAGGCGGACCCGUGUUCUUUGAGAUUAACGUCAACGGAAACAUGAAUUCCAACGGGGCGCUUUUUGCUCACCAAGGGUAUAGCUACGCCACUGCUGACUCCGUGGUCCGUUUGUUACCCGGAGACCGAGUGUUCAUCAAAUCGCUAUAUUCGAACAGUAUAUCAAAUUCUGGGUUGAGUAGUUACCUCAACUACAACAGCAAUGAAUUCACCGGUUGGAUGGCCAUGUCUAACAAGUGA